CGUUAAUAACCAGAACUCGUUUUUAUAACGCAUGCGCACCUCAUGCGGAAGGGGGGGUGAUCUAGUUUUGCUUUCAACCAAAGGAAAACCUACAGCGAUGAGCAUUCGUACUCCAUAAAACAGCCACAAAAUGAGCGACGAGCCUGUAAGUCCUUUGACUGCCAUCUGUGUCGGGUCAGCUUUCGCGUUUUCUGGCCUGUUUUAUCACUUAUACAGGCAAAAGAAACAAGAGAUAAAAAAGCUACACGAAAUACCAACAUUUCAGCCCAAUGAAGAAUUGGUAAAGAUUGUAAAAGCGACACCGUACAAAAACCUGCAGUAUGUCGCAAUUGAAGGAGUGGUUCAGCCAGAGGGAAAUCCUUUGGCCAGUCAGUAUGUUCCCAGAUGCUUUGGAGUGAUCCAGAAGAUUGUUGUGUCUGAGCGCUGGAAGGUGUGGAACCCUCUUACGAGAGUGUGGAAUGUCAGGAAUAUGAACAAGAAGGAGACAAACAAUUCAGUGCCUUUCAGCCUGGUGGCACCAGGGACAUUCAUAAGUGCUGUGUCAGUUAAGGUCCAGUCACCCAUGGAAGCAGGAGGAUCCUACCUGGAGCAGGUGUACCAGCGUGUGCGGCACGCCAAGAAGGAAUUAGUGCACUUUGUGGUCCAAGAGCUCAGCAGGGAAAAGCCCAUGGUCCUGGAAGAGAGAGAAGAGCUCCUGCGUGUGGGGACUGUCUUGACAGGCUUUGGGCAGGUGGUCCUGGAACAUGACCACCUGUUAAUCCUGCAACCCCCCCAUGACGGCCGCCCAUACCUCUUGUUUCUUGGUGACCACCGUAGCUUCAUGCAGAUGCACCACAAUUCUGCUAACAUGUGGAAGCUACUGUCUGCCUUCUUUGGAAUUACAGGUGCUGCCCUACUGGCUUGGGUGAUCUAUAGAAGGUACAACACAAAGGAAGAAACCAGAAAUACAGACUAGGCCUUGAAAUCCUUCCCCAUGUAACAUGAUUUGUGUAAUCCCCAUUAACCCUAACACCUGAGACUGUCGACAUUCCUUUCCUUGCAAUUUAUGUUUAACAUGCUGUGACAUUCAGAAGCACAGCUUUAUAGCACAAAUGCGGCUAAAUAUCGUGCAUCCAUGUCCAAAUGUUGAACACGAUAGUCCCCUUAUGGCAUGUGUUAUAUUACAGCUCAACAUGGAAAACCCCUUAUGUGGAAGCCAGGUCUCUGUUCUCAGGUUACUGACAGACUGGACUUUCAUUUCAUAGCCUAUUUGAUUGUUUCCAUUCAUUGUUGAGACUGAGAAACUCUUGCCUUGCUUGAAAUGUAAAGAGGCAAAACAGUACUGGAACACAAACUUCGUUUUAAGGUGUGUGUGCUUUUCCAAAAUCAAUUUCUGAAAUGUCAACCAAUCAAAAUACUUCAUGCAUUGUCUACAAUAAACUUGAAUUAAAUAUGCAUAAA